CUUCGCCGUGUGCCACCAUCAGCAACCUAGAAACUAUCAUUCAUGUUAUCGACUCUUUGACGAGGGGAUCGUUCAAUUAGUUGUACCUACACCAAUCACGUCAUCAGAGAAGCACGAGAAACAGUCAGUUCGGCUUCUACUACGACAGCCGCCAAGAUGCAAACACUCAGGUCCUUCUUCGCGCCGCCCGAUCCCCAGGCACAGAUGCGCAAAUGCAACACCCUACUCCGCUCCAACAUGCGCAAGAUCGACCGUGACAUCGCCCAGGUCAAGCAAGUCGAGACCAAGACCAAAAACCUCAUUGUGGCCGCCGACCGACGAGCACAGCGCAACCCCGCCCAACGUAAACAGGCCGAAAAGGAAGUGCGCGACUUCGCCCGCGAGCUGAUCCGCGCCCGCAAGACGACCGCUCGCCUGAUCACGAGCAAGGCCCAGCUCAACAGCGUGCAAAUGCAGGUUAACGAGGCCUUCGCCCUGCGCAAGAUCGAGGGCAGCAUCCGUGCCAGCGUCAAGAUCAUGAAGGACGUCAACACGCUCGUGCGCCUACCGGAGCUGGCUGGCACCAUGCAGGAGCUCAGCGUUGAGCUGAUGAAGGCCGGUAUUAUCGAGGAGAUGGUGGGCGAGCAGUUGCCCGUUGACGUGGACCUGGAAGAUGAAGAGGAGGAAGCCGAGGGCGAGGUCGACAAGGUGCUGGGCGAGAUACUGAAGGAUCGCAUGGAGAAGACGGGCGGCUUGCCUAGUGUGCCAGAACCCGGCCAGAAACUACCACAGCAACCCCAGCACGCCGACGAGGAGCCCGAGGAAGAGGAUACCGAGGCUAUGAUGGACCAGAUGCGGAACCGAUUGGAAGCUCUGAGGAGUUAGAAGGAGGAAGAUGGCCAGCCAGGUAUGGUGUGCACGGUGCACACAGGGGUGCACUCGAGUUUUGGCUUCCACUGGGUUACGGUGGCGUUAGGGCGUUUCGGUCAUGUCAUUCAUCAUGUCCCCGUGGGUUGGGGAGUACAACAACGUGCUGAUAUAUCAGGCGCUGGCUGUCGCCUUUGUUUGGUAGAUGCGUUUUGUUCUCAACGAUGGAAUCUGAGCAUCAGGUACACA